CAACUUUAUCAUGUGUACGUGACAUCUACCUUUCGUGGCUACAAUACGUUAUUAAAAACAUUAGCUAUUUGAUUAUUGAAAUGCAGAAUUGAUUAUCGUUUGUCUAGUGGAUGUUGUGAUGGUGUUUUUUUAGUGGGUAACUGCACUGCAAAGGAAUUACUCUGGCAUCUCUAACUGUAUAGAUGAUGUUACACCAUUUGAUUAAUCAGUCAUCAGGAUGUGAUCAUGGAAUCACGGACAGGCAAACUGUGGACCGCCAUUCUCUCUUCUUCAGUUGCAGUUCUUCUUUUGAGUACGAGCUAUCGUUUCGUCAAUGUAAUUCUGGCAGAAGCACCAGAAUUGUCGGGUUAUGACCCAUGUUGUGACUAUCCAUGCCAGAACUUAGCCGUCUGCGUGCCAGAUGAAUUCAAUGACUACACAUGUGAUUGCACCAGUACCGGAUAUUAUGGAUCGAGAUGUACUAUACCUGAGGUCGGCACUUUGGUAUCCAACUUGAUACCAGAUGCCAUAAGUGCCUACGGUUUCCUGACCUCUCAAGACUGGCUGUGGAACCUCGUCAACGGAAACGACAAACUGCGCGAUCAGUUCACCGCCCACCUUUACCUGUCUAUGAGUGAUUUUACUGCUUCGCCUCCGACGUUUGAGAGCGAACACACCUUCAUAACAGGCAAUGCCUUUUUCAACAGAAGCCUCUACACUCGAAGCCUCCCUCCUGUUCCCAGUCGUUGUCCAACACCCAUGGGCACCAAAGGUCCCAAGGAGCUUCCUGACAUUGAUGUGCUGAUGAACAAACUGUUCGCAAGAAAAGAGUUCAUCCCGGACCCUCAGAACUCGAACUUACUCUUCCAGUAUUAUGCUCUCCACUUUGGACGUCAGUUUGUCCAUGGCCCAGGAACUGGACCCCAGCUCUUCAGAGGAACUGGGGAGAUGGACGCUUCUCAUAUCUAUGGUGCAGUAGAAGAGGAUCGUCUGGCUCUCAGAUCAGGAAUCAAUGGAAAACUGCGCAGCCAAAUCUUGAAUGGUGAAGAAUUUCCACCAGUUUUGCCAGACGAGCCAAAUAUGAGCACAUCUGAGCAGGUCAAGAACCAAACAUUUGCUCUGGCAGACCCCAUGUUCUCUUCAUCACCAGGACUUUUCGUGUUUGCUACCAUUUGGCUUCGAGAGCACAACAGAGUCUGUGACGAACUCCUGGAGGUCCAUUCAGACUGGGAUGACCAGCGACUUUAUGAAACUGCUCGUUUGAUCGUCAGUGGGGAAAUGGUCAAGAUCACUCUUGAGGACUUCGUGCAGCAUUUGAGCCAAUAUAAACUGGACCUCUCUUUCAACCCAGAGCUGCUCCAUGGCACGAGAUUCCAGUUCCACAACAGAAUUCAUGCGGAGUUUAAAUAUCUCUUUGAUUGGCAUCCAUUUGUUGCUGAUUAUCUUCUAAUCAACGAAGCCAAUUAUUCCGUCAAGGAAUAUUCAUCAUCCUUAGACCCAUUGUUCAACGAAGGCAUUGACAAGUUUAUUGAAGCUCUUCUUAAAACUCGUGCGGGAGAGAUUUCGGCGCGUAACCACGGAGAAUCCAUGUACCCUUUCUUGAAGGAGGCUCUGAAGGCAAGCCGUGAGCUGAGAUUCCAGGGAAUCAAUGCCUACCGAAGAAGGUUAGGUCUGAGGCCCUUCAGCACUUUUGAGGACUUGACAGGAGAGAAAGAAACAGCUGCUAUUUUGGAAGAGAUGUACGAGGACGUGGACGCUGUUGAAUAUUACGUCGGACUGCUAAUGGAGCGUUCAGACACUUCCAUAUCAGGCCUGACCAUGAUGAACAUGGCUGUUGUAUGGACUGUAAAGAGCAUCUACUCCAACCCAGUUUGCAGCCACUAUUACUGGAAACCCUCAACUUUUGGAGGGAAAGUCGGCUGGGAUAUUAUCCAGAAAGCAUCUUUACAAAGGCUCUUCUGUCGAAACAUGAGAACACAGUGCCGGGACUUAACGUUUACCGUUCUGUUUUGAUUUAUUUUGAUGUGAUACACAUUCUUCAACUCAGUUUUGUAGAUCAGACUUUCAGCUUUUGCAGUCUGCUAAAUAUUAUGUGGCCCUAGACAUACGCUAGUAUUUUUAGUCUCAGGAAAUGAAAAUGGUCGUGGCUAUUUAAUUUCAGAAUUUUAGUUUAUAAGAAAGAAAAAAUAGAAAAUUAUAUGGCAAAUCUCUUGAUUCAAAUGAAUUCCUGAUUAAUCGUAUGUAUUAUCAUUAAAACAGAAUUUGUGAUAUUGUGUCUUUGUAAUUAUUCAGAAUGAGCUAGCAUCAAGAACGUCUCUCACUUCAGAUAUAAAGUUUGUUUCACUGUACAAUAGGGAUAUGCUCAAUAAGAGCAAAGGGAUAUUUUAACUCCUUCAGCUUGGACGCUCUGUAGGAAGUACUGUGAUUGUCACUUAUAAGGAUAAGUUUUAGGUAAGGAUUUUUUGAUAGAUUUCUAACGAAUCUAAACGUUGGUAUUCUCAAUGGCAGAUAGUUGGUACACCAGAUUGCUGCUUCAAUAAAAGCAAAUGCAUACAUUUGCAAAAGUAUAGGACACUGAAAGUAAAAAUGUAAAAAAAUCACUUAAAUAGAAACAAGUCUACAUAUAUGUUUUGUAUAAAUAAAGAAUCCUAAAUUCCCUA